GAUCAAUUUGUUUUUGUUUUAAUUAUCAAGAGAUCAACAGUUGUGUUUAGAUCUAUAAAAAAACAAAAGAAUUUCAGUUAAACAAUAUGUGAAUUGUACUCCAUGUAACAUUUAUUGCUAAUUUAAGUAUCGUAGGGAUGCAAUCUGGUUCACAAAAAAUUACACUAAUCUAUCCUAAAUAGGAUUUUAAAGAUCUACUCGAAUUUUGGUGACUACUUAAAUAUAUUUAACAAUCUACAAUUUUCUUCAGAUUUGUCUAGUUGUUCUCUCUUGAAAAAACUCACUGUAGAAUUAAUCAAAGUACUAAAGUCUUUGACUAUUGAUCUUCUAUUUAAGUUACAUUAAAGCGCAUGGAUAAAAUAGUCUUGUACUUGAAGGCAUAAAUGAAGUAUAUGAUAUUCUAAACAAUUCAGAAGUACAUAUGAAAAUAUAUGAUAUGUGUAUGGUAUGGGUUACUUAUAUCCACAUAAGUAGUAUAUGACGAUGGUCAGGCAUAGAAUGUAUUUCAGUAGAAGAUCGAUAAGGAACGAACGGAAACGAAAUGCAAUUGGUAUGAAACUGCAUGAACAAUAAUAGUCGGAGACUAUGGACUGAUAUUUAAAGAAGUUGUCAAGAUUGAAACAAUUGAUUGAUAGUUUGCAAAUUAACUAUUUACUUUAUGAUUGUCAGGUUUUGGUGAGACAUUCUGUAAUUUUCGUAACAAAUAAAUUGGAUUGUCCCUACCUGCCUUCUUGUUCAUUACAUGUGUUUUACAUUCUUAUUAGAAAAAAAACCACCAUAUAACGGUGUUUACUUUAACGUUAGACUUAGCAUGUGAUAAACAAAUCCAUAGAAUUAUUCGACAACUCAGUGGUUGGAAAUUAAACUUUUAAUAACUUCAAACUUAAUCUGUUCUCUUUCUAAAGCGGCAUGAAACUACGAUCUUUCUUUGUUAGAACAGCAUUUAUGUGACAAUCAUUUUAUCUGUAUUCUCACUUACUUUUACAAUUAAAUUACGUAAGGUUUAAGAAUAAUAUACCUUUUAAUUAAUAAAAUGUUAGGGCUAAAUUACUUCAACUAGAAUUGUGUUUUAGAUAAAACUAACUUAAUAACUGAAAGAUAAUUAACUGAAUCAAAUGAUUAAGUAAUAGGUGUAAUUUCUUUUGGUAAGGUUAACAAAUAUUCAUUCUAAUUAAAUGGAUCGGAAUUAAAACGCUUAAUAUCAAUAACUAAGAAAUGAAGUAAACGUAGUAUUCAUUAUCGUUUCAAAUACUUUAAGGAUAUUCACUUUAUGUACACUGAUUCACUUGUCGUAAUUAAUUUAAGAUAGAAUGAGUUAAUUCUAUUCUAUAACUUUUGAUUGUUCUUACGUUUAUCAAAACUCCAUAAUCUGUUUAUUUAAGGACUUUUUGUUUACUUAAACUGUAUUCCAAGUAAUAACUGCAUUUUCGUGUGAGGAUAACCUUACUCGCUUCAAUGCUUUAUAAAAAUGCAAUACUUAGCAUUUCUGAGCAUUUUUCUGUCCAUUUAUUGUAUUAAGGCUGUAUAAAGAAGUAUAAUUUUCACGAGGAACUUCACUUUAAUCGUCUGAAGCUACAUAACUGUCUUGUGUGAAGGUGAUACUGUAGCCAACAAAAAGCAAAUAAAGUGAAAGUUAGAGCUCAAAAUGGAAUUCCCAGAGAAAAUUGCGCUCUAGUAUGCAACACUAACUCACUAAAUGCACGGUAAAAAUCUAAAUAUUCCACACAUAUUGAAUACAUAUUUUACAAAUUCACGGACAUGUAUUCUGUCAUGUUUUUUCAUAGUUUACAUCACAAGUCGCUUUUAGUUACAUUACCUUUGAAAACCAGGAUGUAUUUUCUAUCUGUUUCGUCCUAUAAUGGGAUCCCUUAGCACCUCAUAUACAAGGACUUAAAGAGAAUCAAACCCAUGGCAUUUGAUUUUGUUGCUAGCUUUUGACCCCUAAACCACAGUUUGACUGCCCGUUAUUUAAAAUUCCACGGUUUUUAUUAAAACUAUCUAACGAAUAUAUAGAUUGUUCUUUUACAAAUUUCAGAUAUUAAUAGUCCAGUCGACAAACACUAAGACAAAGAAUGACGAAUCUACCCUACAUUCUGAUUUCUCUUUUUGUUUAUAUAAAACCCGUAUACUUAUUACUAACUGCUCAAUUUACCAUAUUAGAAGAACUACCGAUAAAGACCAUUAUUGGCAAUUUAACAUCGAAAAUACCUGCUGCACUUCAAUUGGAUAUACAACAACUUCGUUUCCGUAUUAUCACCAGUGAAUAUUCAAGAUAUUUUUCUGUUAAUGUAACAACUGGUCUAAUACAAAUCAAUCAACGAUUAGAUCAUGAGAACAUUUGUCCAAAAACAUUAUUCCAUACCAAUUCUAAUAUUGAUGAUGCUGUCACAAAUUCCGAUUCACUAUGUCAGAUCACAUUGAAUGCCAAUAUUUUACGAGUUAUGAAUUCCGGUGUCGAUAUAUUUGAAGUAAUACAUUUGAUUAUUACAAUUAAAGACAUAGAUGAUAAUGUUUGUGAAUUUCUACCAGCGAAUAAACAAGAAAUUUAUGUGAUGGAAGGUUUACUAGACCAAACAAACAUGGUAAAAGUACCUAUUAAUCAAUUGGUAGACUUAGAUACAGGACCUGGAAAUGGGAUUCAUCGAUCUAGUAUUAAAUUGAAACUUGAUCAAAAGUCUAAUGUUUCUUUGAAUGAAAUUUUUGAGUUGAAGAUAACAAAUACUAGUUCUAAAGUUUCCCCAUACGCCCUCUCUCUACUUAUCAAACAGUCGCUAGAUUACGAGAGCAUUCAAGAAUUCAGAAUGACUAUUGUUGCUAGCAGUUCAACGGAGAAGGCAAAAUCAACAAUUUCGACUGGCGACUUUAUCGGUUAUCCUGAAGAUUUAAACGCAGAAAAAAAUGAAUGUUUCUUAAAUAUUAUUGUACACGUUAUCGAUGUGAAUGAUCAUUCACCAACAUUUCUUCAAAAAAAUGUACAUCUGUCUAUUUUGGAGAAUACUGAAACAAAUAAGCCAAUAUAUACACCAGAAGCACGCGAUUUAGAUGCGGGUCCUAUACACAGUCAACUAAUAUUUGAAUUAGGCUUUAGAAAUUCACCUUAUAUCGGUUCACACUUCUAUAUAAAUCCUCAAAACGGUUCGUUAUUUUUAAAACAAACCUUAGAUUAUAAAGAAAUGCCAAAACUGAAUAUUUUAAUCAUGGUGAGAAAUCCAAGAACUGAAGAAAUUGAUGAUAAAACUAUGAAUAAUAAUUUAACUCAUGAAUUGUUCGACAGACACUACUAUUAUAAGUCUUUAGUAAGUGAUAUGGACUCAAGUAUGAUAGACAAUUUACUACAUGAUACAAUGGAAUUGUUCAUACAAGUUAUUGAUGUAAAUAAUCAUAAACCUGUCAUUUCUGCAUAUACACCAAAUGGUAGCCAUGAAUUGAUAAUACAAGAACAUUUACCAGUUUCAAUAUUCCCAGUCGAUUUUGCUUUGGUCAGUGUUACUGAUGAUGAUAGUGGACGUAAUGGUCAGGUUAAAUGUGAACUAGAUAGAAAUUCAUCUGAUCUUUUUAAAUUAACAUUAAUUGGUUAUGAGUCCAGUGGUGAUAAACUGGUGGCUGAUAACUAUAAUAAGGAUCAGUUAUCUGACUUACAAACUAAUGAUUUAAUUAUUUAUAAAAUGUCAGUAAUUGUCUCAUUUGAUCGUGAAAAAAAUGCUACAGUCUAUGCAACGAUCAGAUGUACGGAUCUAGGAAACAAUCCAUUGAUUACAGAAUAUGUAGCACAAAUACAUAUAGCAGAUAUUAAUGAUAAUGAACCAAGAUUUCCACAAACUAAUGAAUACAUAAAAGUAAUGGAAGACAGUGAUCCUUUAAGGGCUGAAGUCAAUUAUUACGUUAUGCAAGUGAUUGCAACUGAUGCAGACAGUGGUAAAAAUGCAGAAAUCAUUUAUUAUAUUGCAGAAGAAUCUGUUCAAAAUAUUAUACAAAUUAAUCAAACUAAUGGUAUCAUACAAACAACUGGUCAAUUAGAUAGAGAAAUGAAUACUUCAUUAAAUUUCACUGUUAUUGCUAAAGAUUUAGGUGAAAUAAGUCAAUCAAGUUCAGUAUAUAUUCAUCUAACUAUACAAGAUUAUAAUGAUGAAUAUCCUGAAUUUGAUAAAAAAAUAUAUGAAUUCUCUAUUCAUGAAAAUUCUAUACAAGGUUAUUAUAUUGAUACUAUUAAUGUAAUAGAUAAAGAUAUAGAUAUCAAUAGUCAAUUAACAUUUUAUCUUAAUUAUGAAAAAGAUGAAAAUGUUAAUUAUUUAAAUAAGGAUUAUUCUUAUUAUUCUAAUAAAUUACGAUUUUCAUCAUUUAAAAAAAUUAUCCCAUUUAAAAUUACAUCAAAACGUUUAAAUAAUCAACAUAAUUAUGAAUUAAAUUUAUAUAUUAAUGGUAAAAUAGAUCGUGAAGAAUUGAUAAGAUUCAAUCAACGUAAAUUAAAAACAAUCGACUAUGCAUAUUUGAAUAUUAAUAAUAAUAAUAAUAAUAAUAAUAAUAAUAAUAAUAAUAAUAAUAAUGAAUUAUCACGUUAUAAACUAUUGUUAACAGCAGAAGAUUCUGGAAUACCUAAACGAAUUGCUACAGUACUUAUUUAUAUUAAUGUGAUAGAUGUAAAUGAUGAAGCACCAAUUUUCAUGAAUCCAAUUCAAGAUGAUAUAAUUUACACAAUUUCAAUGAAUGAAAUACCAGGUUAUCAAAUUAUAAAGUUUAAAGCCAAUGAUCCAGAUGAAGGCUUAAAUUCUGAAAUCAAAUAUUCUUUAAUUGAAUCAAUUCAAGACAAUCCAGACACUGGAAAUGGAAGUUCAUCAACCUGUAAAAAUUUAAAUCGUAAAUCAUUAAUGAACCAAAAUCAAUCAUGUAAUCUAUUAGAAUAUCUUUAUCUAAAUCAAACUACUGGUAGUUUAUUUUUAUCAAAGGAAUUACCAAAUCAUUUAUCGAAUGUAACAUGUCGUCUGUGUGUUGUAGCUUCAGAUAUGGGUAUUCCGUCAUUAAAUUCAACACGUUACUUUUGUUUACAUUUAAUGGAUACUAUUGAAUCAUCGCAAUUGAAAUGGAUAUCAUCACAGACAAAUAAUAAUGAAUAUUCACCGAUCUACAUAUAUACUAUCACAGGAGCGAUCGGUAUAAGUUUAAUCCUAUCCAUCGUAUUUUUGUGUAUAGCAUGUACUAUAUGGAAGUAUCCCAAAUUGAAAUUGAAAUCAAAGAUUAUAAAAGAAACUAAAUCUUCUGAUGAUAAUCAAAUAUCAAAAAUUCACUGUGUUGCUGAAAAAUUAACUAAUAAAGAGAAAUACAAUACCAUCAUAUGUACAGAAAAUGAAUGGGCUAACAUGGGUUUCAAUCAUAUAACAACUAAUCAAUCAUUGUAUUUCGACAGAAAUGAAUAUAAUCAAUGUCCAGUUGAAAACCGAUACCCUCUCAAUUCCUUGCACGAACUAGUCUUUGAAUCACUUCAAACUAAUAAUAAUUAUUAUUAUAACAAUGUACCGAAAAAACUACCUAAUGAACAGAAUAUUUAUUUAAAUCCUAAUUAUACUUUAACUUAUUCAUCAUUACCUCAAGAAUAAAAAAUUUAUUAAGUGAUUCAGCAUAGUUAUAGAAAUAGCAAUAAACAUUGCAUAACCAUACGGGAGGAACGACAAUAUACAAUUCAAAAUCUAUUAUUUACCACAUAAUACAUAUAUGAUAUUAUUGUACAGUUUUUAAAAUGAACUUCAUUGCUGAAUUAACUACUUUUGAAAAUAACUACACAUAAAAGAAAUAUUGAGAAAAUUUUAUUUUUAUAACAAUUUUUAAUAAAAAGUUGGAGAAGAGAAUGGAAUGGAAUAUACUGCAUUUAGCCUGUCCUCUGCGGCUUAAAAUGAGACUAUGCUCAAGUCGAAGUUUAUAACUUAAUGACGCUAAGUAAAGUAAUCUUUCAAAAUACUGACGAAUAACCAAAUCAGACAAAUAUUUCAGUUGUAUGAUACUAAAAUCGUUUGUACCCAACCAGUAUUAUCGAAUGAUGCUUUUCUGUAGAUGUAAGAUUUUCAGAGUAAUAAAAUUUUCGAUACUAUGAUGGAUCUCGAUUGGUAGUGAACGAUCUGUUAAUAUAUUCAGUUUCUACGACGAGUCAAUGCAAUGAAGUGGUGGCUUAUUAGUUAGUGUUCGCUUUACAAAUACUAGGUAGGUUGAAACUCCGUUCUACCCACUACAGUUUGCGUAACCAAUUUAAACUUGCAUAACAUCCAAAUUAUAAGUCUUAAAAGCGAUAAACCAGUGGUUUAAUAAUGAACUAAUUGUUUCCAG